GGCCGGGGGUGGGCCAGGCAGUGACGUCGGUGGGCAAGGGCCUCAUAAGCUGCGGCCUCCCUGUGGCUGCAGCAGGACCUGGCUGGACGGGAGUGCGCGAGACCGAGGGCUCUCGGACGGGAGCAGGCCACGCACCAUGAGUGACUGUGUGCACCCCUCCCUCGGGGUCAGCCUCUGGCUGUUGCUGGGGGCUGCCAUGGGACUUGGCCAGGGUCAAGCGAGCGGCCGCCUGAAGCUGGUGGUGCUGCCUGAGGACCGGCUACAGAUGACGUGGAGGGAGUCGGAGGGGCGCAGCCUCGGCUUCCUGGUGCGGGUGAAGCCCAUGGCAGGGGACCCAGAGCAGGAGGUGAUGCUGACAACCAAGACCCCCAAGGCCACGGUGGGGGGCCUGAGCCCCUCCAAAGGCUACAGCGUGCAAAUCUUCGAGCUCACCGGCUCAGGGAACACCCUGCUGGCUCGGAGGGAGUUUGUGAUUGAAGAUUUGAAGAGUAACUCCAUGAGCAGGAGCGGCAGGAGGCCAGCGGGGGCAGCCCUGGAGCCCACCCCCUCCCACGUGGGGAGCCUAGACCUGGAACCCUGGUUGGCCUUGGCCCCAAGCCAAGAUCCUCCCACCCCAGCUGGUGCCCGGUUCCGCUGCACACCCCCCAUGCCCGCGGACAUGAUCUUCCUGGUGGAUGGGUCCUGGAGUAUCGGCCACAGUCACUUCCAGCAGGUCAAAGACUUCCUGGCCAGUGUCAUCGAGCCCUUUGAAAUCGGGCUGGACAAAGUCCAAGUAGGCCUGACUCAGUACAGCGGAGCCCCCUGGACCGAGUGGGACUUGAACACCUUUGGCACCAAGGAGAAGGUCCUGGCGGCCGUCCACAGUCUCCGCUACAGAGGGGGAAACACGUUCACAGGCCUGGCCCUGACCCACGUGCUGGAGCAGAACCUGCAGCCCGCAGCAGGUCUCCGUCCAGAGGUGGUCAAGCUGGUGAUUCUGGUGACGGAUGGCAAGUCCCAGGAUGACGCCCGCACUGCUGGCCACGUCCUCAAGGGCCUGGGUGUUGACGUCUUUGCUGUGGGUGUGAAGAACGCCGAUGAGGCUGAGCUGAGGCUCCUGGCAUCCCCGCCGCUGGACAUCACUGUCCACAAUGUGCAGGACUUUCCCCAGCUCGGCACGCUGGCCGGCCUGCUCAGCCGGCUGAUCUGCCAAAAAAUCCAGGGCAGGAGCCCGCGCAGGGGGUCCGCAGCCACUCUGGCCCUGGACCCCCUUUCCACUCCCACCAGCCUGGUCCUGACCCAGGUGACCUCCUCCAGCGUCCACCUGUCCUGGACCCCAGCCCCACAGCCACCCCUCAAGUAUCUGAUUGUGUGGCAGCCUUCCAAGGGCGGCACCCCCAGGGAGGUGGUGGUGGAGGGGCCCGCCUUGUCCACAGAGCUGCACAACCUGACCUCCAGCACAGAGUACCUGGUCUCCGUGCUCCCUGUCUACAAGGCCGGAGUCGGCGAGGGCCUGCAGGGCCUGGUGACCACAGCGCCCCUGCCCCCACCCCGGGCACUGACCCUUGCUGCAGUGACGCCCAGAACCAUCCGCCUCGCCUGGCAGCCCUCGGCUGGGGCCGCCCAGUACCUAGUGCGCUGCUCGCCUGCCUCCCCCAAGGGUGAGGAGGAGGCAAGAGAGGUGCGGGUGGGGCAGCCGGGGGUGCUUCUGGACGGCCUGGACCCGGGCAGGGACUAUGACAUCUGGGUGCAGAGCCUGCGAGGGGCAGAGACCAGUGAGGCCCAGGGCAUCCGCGCCAGGACUCCCACCCUGGGCGCCCCAAGACACCUGGACUUCUCGGAUGUGAGCCACGACUCGGCCCGCGUGUCCUGGGAAGGCAUCCAGAGACCUGUGCGCCUGUUCAGGGUCAGCUAUGUCUCCAGCAAGGGUGGCCACUCAGGACAGACGGAGGUCCCUGGGAACGCCACCUGGGCCACUCUGGGCCCGCUCUCCUCCUCUACCACCUACACAGUCCGCGUCACCUGCCUCUACCCCAGGGGCAGCUCCUCCACACUGACCGGCCACCUGACCACACGGAAAGUCCCCAGCCCAAGCCAGCUGUCGGUGACCGAGCUCCCUGGGGACAAAGUCCGGCUGGAGUGGGCGGCCGCAGCGGCAUCUGGCGUGCUGGUCUACCAGAUCAAGUGGACGCCCCUGGGAGAUGGGAAGGCCCAUGAGAUCUCUGUCCCAGGGAACCUGGCCACAGCCGUCCUGCCUGGCCUGGGGAGGCGCUCGGAGUGUGAGAUCGCCCUCCUGGCCUACUACAGGGACGGGGCCCGCAGCGACCCUGUGUCCCUCCGCUACAGCCCCCUCAGCCAGAGCCCGCCCUCUGACCUGGCCCUGGCCUCUGAGUCGCCCAACAGCCUGCGAGUCAGCUGGACGCCCCCGAGCAGCCACGUCCUCCACUACCGGCUCACCUACACACUAGCCUCAGGCUCAGGACCAGAGAAAUCGGUCUCCGUUCCAGGACCCAGGAGCCAGGUGACGCUUCCCGACCUGCUGGCAGCCACCAAGUACAGGGUCCUGGUCUCGGCCAUCUAUGGCGCCGGGGAGAGUGUGGCAGUGUCUGCCGUGGGCCGGACAGCAGCCUGCCCGGCCCUCCACCCUGACGGCUCCCUCCCAGGCUUUGACCUGAUGGCGGCCUUCGGCCUAGUGGAGAAGGAAUACGCCUCCAUCCGCGGUCUGGCCAUGGAGCCCUCGGCGUUUGGCCCGACCAGGACCUUCACGCUCUUCAAGGACGCUCAGCUGACUCGCCGGGCCAGUGACAUCCACCCGGCCGCCCUCCCCCCGGAGCACACGGUGGUCUUCCUUCUGCGCCUGCUCCCCGAGACGCCCCGAGAGGCCUUCGCGUUGUGGCAGGUGGCGGCCGAGGACUUCCAGCCCGUCCUGGGGGUCCUGCUGGAUGCCGGCAGAAAGUCGCUGACCUACUUCAACCGUGACCCCAGGGCCACCUUGCAGGAGGUCACCUUCGACCUGCCCGAAGUGAGAAGAAUAUUCUUUGGGAGCUUCCACAAGGUCCUGGAAGUUCCCAGAAGAACCACAGUCAGGCUCUACGUGGACUGCAGAAGGUGGGCUGAGAGGCCCAUCGGGGAGGCCGGCAGCCUGCCCGCUGCCGGCUUCGUCACACUGGGGAGGCUGGCCAAGCCCGGGGACCCCCGGAGCAGCUCGGCCUCGUUCCAGCUCCAGUUGCUGCAGAUUGUGUGCAGCGACUCCUGGGCGGAGGAGGACAGGUGCUGCGAGCUCCCAGCUUCGAAGGAUGGAGAGUCCUGCCCCGCCUUUCCUUCUGCUUGCACCUGUUCCUUGCAGACCCCUGGGCCCCCGGGCCCCCAGGGACCUCCGGGCCUCCCCGGGAGGAAUGGAGCCCCAGGAGAGCAGGGCUUCCCAGGGCCCAGGGGUCCACCAGGGGUCAAAGGAGAAAAGGGGGACCAUGGACUCCCCGGCUUGCAGGGCCACCCCGGCCUCCAGGGCACCCCCGGGAAGGUUGGCAUCCAGGGACCAAAGGGAAUGAGAGGCCUGGAGGGGACAUCUGGCCUGCCUGGACCCCCUGGCCCUAGGGGUCUCCCAGGCACGGCGGGGGCCAGGGGCAGCGGUGGGGAGCGAGGCCCCCCUGGGGCCGUGGGGCCCACGGGGCUGCCGGGGCCCAAGGGCGAGCGAGGAGAGAAGGGCGAGCCACAGUCCCUGGCCACCAUCUACCAGCUCGUGGGCCAGGCCUGCGAGUCUGCCAUCCAGAGAUGGACCCUGUGCUGUCCGAAGUGAGCCCGCACUUCCCCCUGGAUCAGGGACACCAAGAGCGGCUGGAGAAACCUGGAGGGGAGGGAGAGGAGACCUUCGCUCUGUUCAGUUUCCUGUUCAGAUAAACCAGAAUGCUUGUCACGGG